AUGAAGCCCGCGAUCUCUCGGUUGUCGCUGUUGGCGAUUAUCUUCGGUUUGGUGACAACAAGUGACAGCAGUUUGAUCAACAGAGCCCCCACGCUGCCGGCAGAAGAAGAGGAUGGAUUGACUGCCACAGUAGGAACCGGGUUUACACUUUGGCUUGGUGAUGGCGAGUCUUGCGCCGCUGAAACUAUCACCAAAACUUCUACGCAGACUGGAAACAUUUCCCCAGGCUCCACCACAAUUACUAUCACUGAGGCUACUACCAAGAUCAUAAGUGGUUGUCGGAAUGGCCCUACACUGAGUGCCAAUGCCGAUGUUGACAUUGGACCGGUAGCUGUUUCUGCAAAUGCCGCCGCAGCACUGCCCGGAAAUGGACCUAUAAAGACGAUCACAGAUUACACAACUAAGGUCAUUACCCAGACAUCGUGCUCAUGCGCAGAUGACUCAACUGCUACGCCGACCACCUCAAGCGCAACCGUGGCAAUUACCUCGAGCGUACCUGAGGCAACUGACUCAACCGCGCCUGGGACGACCAGCUCAAGUGUACCUGAGACAACAACCUCGAGCAUGCCCGGGACAACCACCCCAACGACGUCGACGGCUAGUGGUGAUUUGACUACCACUCCCCCAGGCACGACGACUCCAACAACCACUACAGUGAUAACCAGAACAACGUCGAGCUCUGAAAGAGUUACCACUGUUCCAGUGUCGAUAACAUCAGCGACCACUACCGGUGGUUCAACUGUCACUAUUCCAAAUACCACUGUCACUCUUCCGGGAACGACACUUCCAGGGACCACUGUCACGACAAUCAUUACUGAGUCUGCCACCAGCGUUACUACGUCGGAUGGUAGUAGCACUUUACCCUGGUCAACCCAUACCACAACUGUCACUAUCCCAGAUUCACAAACAACAGAAAUAGUCCCUUCAUCUAGUACUGCCACCGUUACCGGGCCUGGUACAACCUUGACUCAGAGCUCUGGCAGCACAACGACGGUAUCUGCCUCCGUAUGCUCCAGUCUUAUCAGCAAUCCAUCCUACACAUCCCCGGCCGUGUCGCCAGAUGACUAUACCUGGGGGUGCGCACCCGGAUAUCUCUGCAAGCCACAUCAUACAGGGGACCGCUCGGAAUGCACAGUUGAAGCAGGUCUUCCCGAUCCCGGAUACGUUUGCACCCCCUCAGACUGCAUUGUGGCUCCGCCUUUGGACGUUCAUCUGUCUUGGCAGUACAAUGUCUCGAACAACUAUUACAACCUCAACCCGGAGGACUUUGGUCUUAAUUACUCUAUCUUCCAGUUCUCGGAAGACUCAGGCGCAGCGAACGGUAAGCGCGACAUGUCCUUAUGGGACUUCGGUGUUGCCCAAAAGAUGAAAAGGGUCGACAUAACGAAUAUCCCUACUGUUUGUUACAAUGAUUGCAACGAUGCUGCACGUGAGCCGCAAGCGCUUGGAAAGACACCUGAGCUUUGCGAGAGUGACUCGGCGUUCAUGGAAAACCUGGAUAUUUGCGAGCAGUGCAUUACCAACAACGCUGAACCUGGCUCUAAUCAAUAUUCGUCCAGAAUGUUGCCGACCUUUGCACAGUGGCUGAAUUUCUGCUCCGAUAUGGUCACUUCCACAACAGGAGAAAGUGCCACUAGCACUAAAAUGGAAAUUACGGCGACGAGCACCCAGAUCACCACUACUACUAGCACGGAAGCAUCGACAGCAGCCACAACUACGAGUUCUCAAACUAGCAGCACUGAAGCUACGAGCACUGAGCCCACAAAUCAUUUUAACGAUGAAAGCACUGCCACCACUGGGACCGAGGAAACAUCCAGCCCAGUAGAGACAACUCAACUAGUCACUCCCAUCACAACCUCAGCUUCCGGCUCAAUUGUGACAACCUCGGUGUCAGGUUCACUUGUGACAGCUUCUUUCUCUGGAUCUGUUCUAACAAUCUCAACGUCAAACUCCCUCGUGACAAGCUCAGUACCUGGAUCGAUUGCGACGACAUCAGUAUCUGGCGUGCUUAUCACAACAUCAUUGCCUGGUUCAAUCAAGACUGUGUCAAGCACUCUGGAAACAGGUGGUGGCGAUGACAGCACAUCUCACAAUGCUUCCGGUAGUCCAUCGGGCUCGGUUCGCGGAAGUCAGACUAGUUCGGCAACUCCCUCUACAUUUUCUCCGGCCUACAACGCGGCAAGAUCUAUGAGUAUCCCUCAUAUUGGGUUAAUAGGUCUUUUGUGGGCUGCUUUCGCGCCACUCCUUUAA